GGUGGUGAUGACGUUACAAAAUGUGAACGAGCAGUAAAACACUUUUGCAAGGCACUGUGGUUCUGUAAGCUUCUUCGUUAAUAGACGAUCUCUAGCAGAGUCAGCCGCUUUCUAAACAGACGAUCUCUAGCUGCAUUGUGACUUCAUAACGUAAGAUCUACGUGUUCUACAGGUGAAGAUAUUAUUACAACCAAAAAUCACUUAUUGACACAGAGUUAAACAGGGUUCGGGUGCGAGCCGCGUUACGUCACACGUACAUUUUUGUCGACGUCGCACAAUUUGACGUCGGCGCCGUGUGUCGAAUCAAAGCUGGGCGCCAAGUACGAAAUGCCCGCAGAUCUGAAGGGUUGACGGGGCUCAGUCAGUCAGAUGAGGCGAAACAAACUCAAACGCAACAAACGCGUCCAGAUCAAAGAGGCUGAUCGCCACCAUGUGCAAGCUGCGGUCAUCGUGUUAUCGGACGGCAGCUGCUCCGACGGCGAAAGUCUCCCAGCGGCUCACAGCUCGUUCAGCAAAGGAUCAAGAAUAGCUCCGAUCUUCGGAGCUGCAGAGCAGCUCAGGAAGAAGAACGGCAGCUCUGCUGGGAGGUCUGAUCAGGCUGGGCACACAUCAACGCACCCUUCUCGGCGUGGUGACGCCAAGAGUCCGCCCCCAGGAUCCCAGCUGGCAGGUAAACACAGAGCCGCGGCGGCUUCCUGCAGGUCUUCACAUCUGGAAAGCUACCUGGAAGAAAUCCACAACUCAAAUCCAGCUUUUCCAGCUCCAACAGUUUUUAGCACUUUGCUGAAGAAAGCAGGCGAGGAGUCAAGGCCCGUGGAGCACUCUUUCUAUCCAGAGGCUUUGCAAACGCUCCUGAAGGAGAAGAGCAGAGGACCUGAAGUCACUCUGCAGCCUGACCCCUCUGCAGACCCUGAGGUGGGACCCUGUCCCCUGACGGGCCAGGAUGGGAAGCAGCAGCCCAGAGGAAACGGGCUGAGAUGCUGGAGGCAGAGCCGGAGCCCUUUAGGCCUGGGAGGCAGCUGUCAUGUAAACCGCAUCACGCCAGAUGCUGAGCUAACGAAGGGUUCAGACCGGGUUCAGCCAGAGUCCAGUUUUGAGGAUGUUCUCUGGACCGACAAGUAUGCUCCCCGACAUUCAAGUGAAGUCAUCGGUAACUCUGCCUCAGUGAAUAAACUGUACAGUUGGUUGAAGAAAUGGAAACUAAGAGCUGACGCCGACGAGCGGAGACAAAUGGAGCAAAAGCAACGAGAGGAAGGCACUUCAUGGGACCGUGGAGACUUUCAGGGUGAGGCUGGCUUGGAGGAUGGAGGAGAGGAGCCGUGUUGUAAUGCCAUGCUGCUUACAGGACCCUCAGGUGUGGGCAAGACGGCCGCUGUGUACGCCUGCGCUCAGGAGCUCGGCUUCAAGGUGUUUGAGGUGAACUGCUCGUCGCGGCGCUGCGGCCGCCAUGUUCUGGCCCAGCUGAAGGAGGCCACGCAGUCUCACCUCGUGGACACGCAGGGGAAAGAUCCACUGAAGCCGGCUUACUUUAACAACUACAGUGUGAACAGCUUCACUCCUAAAUCAGAGGCCUUACCAGGAAAAUUACAACACCCUAAAAUUAUCGCAUCUACAUCAAGAAAACGCACAACUCGAAACGUCCGCUCAUCUGGUCGUAAAUUCAAAGAUAAGCCAGCCGCUGUCACCUUGGCUCACUACUUUAGGGUGAAGGGAAAAGCCGAUUACUUUGACAUUUCUGACAAAUCAACAACUGGAAAACCAAAGACGGAGGAAGUGGAAAUCUAUUCUGCAGGAUGUGAUGAAAUGGUGCCACACAGCAAAAAGACAGCCAUGUCACUAAUUCUGUUUGAGGAGGUUGAUGUCGUGUUUGAGGACGAUGUUGGCUUCCUGGCAGCAAUAAAGGCUUUCAUGACUUCCACGAAACGGCCAGUCGUCCUGACCACCGGUGAUCCAUCUUUCAAAGAGAAAUUUGACUGCUACCUGGAAGAAAUCAUUUUCAAAACUCCAUCAGCUGUGAAUAUCUGUAGUUACCUGCAGCUGGUGUGUCUGGCCGAAAACGUUCGCCUGCCUUCAGAUGAUGCCAGCAGCCUCUUCAGCCUCGCAUGUGGCGACGUUCGACGCUGCCUCCUGCAGCUGCAGCUCUGGGUCAGCGGGAGCAAAGGAGGGAGCUCUCAGGGCGGAGGGCUCGCUGAAGAACCAGCCAGCUCCCUCUACUCCAGGUCGACAGGAGGAGGCGGUUUAGACUCAAAGUUUCCUCCGUGGCAAGCAGGCUGCUCUGCACACAUGUUGGGUCUCCACCCUGUAACCCUGGAUUACCUCAGAAAUUCCUUAAAGCCUGGGUCCUGGUCUGAAACAGACACGACUUUUCUUAAAAUCCUGGCGGAGAGCUGGAGAAGAAGUGUGCCUCUUCUCUAUUCCAACCUGGAGCUCCUUCUCUCCGCCGCAGUCCCUGGACCUAAUGCCGAGCCAAAAUGCUCCGACGCCCAUCUUCACAUCCUCCGACGGAAUCGCACCAUCGGCUCGGAGGCGUCGCCGACCUGCACCAAAUCUUCCAGGCUUAGCCGAAGGAGACGCAUCGCUUCAGCGUCCCACGCCAAAUCAGCGUCGGAUUUAACCAGCGGACCUCAGAGAGCGUCAUCGCUCCGUGAGACCGGGUCAAAAACGCCGAGCUCAUGUGAAAAGCCAGAAGGCCGUGCUGCCAAAGCGGUUACUGACUGCUUAGACGGCCUGGCAGAUUUCUUUGACCUCAUGUCGAACAUCGAUGCCAUGCUGCCGCAGUGCAUUUCAGAUCCACGCGCGGCUGAAGCGUUCGUUUGGACCGGAGCGGCUGUGAAGGACGGCUUGCUGGAUGAGCCGGCGGAGGAGGACAGCAGGAGUGGGACGCAGGACAGGCUUCAGGAAAUGAAGGCAGCAGCUGAAGGUCUGGGCUGUCGCCGGUGCUGGUGGAGAGUUACUGAGGCGCAGACUGAGGCCCACAGAUGGAAACAAAAACUGGAUGCCAAGCAGUGGGACAGACUGCAGGAGAGGCUGAUGUUUACCACCUGCUCUCAACGGCAGAAUCUGAGCUUUACCGCUCAACCCGGAAGUACACCAAGCGUGUUCCAGAGGAGGUUCAGACUCAGUCGGCUGGUGCUCUGCAGCAAGUCCUUCAGCCUGCUGGGGAACAGGCGGGCCGUCUGUGUCGACUACCUGCCAGUUCUGCGCUUCAUCUGUCGCACUCUGGGUGCACAGCGGCUGGGAAGUGCUUGGAACUACCCGAGCGCUACGCAUCUGGGACUCUCAAAAUCUGCAAUUCGACUCCUGGCUGAAGAUUUCACUGCAAUGAACAUUCAGAAACACUUCUGAGCUCGACAUGUUUCACCAUAUUUAUUUUACCUACACACGCUCCAAUGGACUAUUAUAAAUAAUCAUAUUUUAUUUUUCACAUUUCAAGUGCAAAUAGGAAAAGUAAAUAAAACUAUUUUUAGAAAGGA